AUGGCUGCAGAUGGACAACAAGAUGGUGUCCUCGACGCGCUUCGGGACAUCCAGCAAACCCAGCAGCGCCUGUUGAGCUCGGUGGAAUCACUCACCAGUAAACUUGGCUCCUCUGCACUUGGCUCCCCUGCACUUGACCCUGCCUCCAAGCUGCCAGUGACUCCUCUGCUCUUGGAGAGUGAUAAAGAUGCGAAGCAAAAGGACGCAGAAGCGUCUGCAGUCAUCCAGUCUUUUGAGAAUGGAGCGGCCCAGCCAAGUUCGGCUCUGUCUCCGAGCAGCCGACAAGGCUUCACAUCGCGAAUUGUGCUCACGACGUAUCCCAAGCAGAUUGGUAUUGAUCCUCUCCAGAUGGACUGGGGAAAUCCCGAUCCGUUGCAGCGAGGACCCGUAGUUGUUUCAAGGGCUGCGUCUACCAUUCGUCGCAGAAAUGCCAUUGGAGGCUCGUAUUCGAUCUACUAUGCGCUAGCUGUUGCCAGCAAAGAACUCGACGUCGAUCAUAGACCCGAUUACACAAACACAGAGCCUGCUGCUAAGAUUGGGCCAUUCCCCCAAUGGGGUGAUAAGAAGAAGAUAGUUGCCAUGGAUCCUUGGGGCCACCUGGUUCCAUGGACCUUCAAGGACAUUAUGGAAAAGGAGAACGUUGACAUGCGACCAACAAUUGCCAUUACCAAGGCUCAUAUGAAGCUGCCCGAGCUCGAGGAAAGUGUGAAGAGUGGCCGACUGGUUCCUGACGGAAAGGUUUGCCUGAAUAAACUUGGUGAGCUGGCUGUUACAAAGUUUGCCGUCGAACCAGUCUGGUAUCUACCCGGUGUGGCGGAGAGAUUCGGAAUUGAUGAGGCUACUUUGCGGCGCUCGCUGUUUGAGCAUACCGGAGGAAGCUACCCAGAGUUGAUUACUCGUGGAGAUAUCAAAGUGUUCCUUCCACCCAUCGGGGGCCUGACUGUUUACUGUUUCGGCGAUCCCGAAAAAAUGUCCGAUGAAUCUGUGCGGCUAUCUCUGAGAAUUCAUGACGAGUGCAAUGGAAGCGACGUGUUCGGCUCUGAUAUCUGCACAUGCCGGCCAUACCUGAUUUUUGGUAUUGAAGAGGCUGUCAAGGAGGCACAGAAUGGCGGCAGCGGCGUAGUUAUUUACUUCAGAAAAGAAGGUCGUGCUCUUGGAGAAGUUACAAAGUACCGUAAGGCUACCCUCUUUACCCAAUACCCACGGAAGGUUGUAUACAAUGCUCGUAAGCGUGGCGAAGACCGAGCGUCAGAUUAUUUCAUGCGCACAGAGAACAUUGCUGGCGUCAAGGACAUGCGUUUCCAGGCUCUGAUGCCAGACAUUCUUCACUGGCUGGGCAUCAAGAAGAUUGAUCGCAUGCUAAGUAUGAGCAACAUGAAACACGAUGCAAUUGUUGGUCAAGGAAUCCCCAUCCACGAGAGAGUUGAACUCCCAGAUGAGCUCAUCCCAGCAGAUUCAAGAGUUGAGAUUGACGCCAAAAUCACUGCCGGCUAUUUUACGGCUGGCAAGCGGAUGACGGCUGAAGAAUUGCAAUCGGUACAAGGCAGACUGUGGGAAGACAUUGAUCAUUAAGGAAUUGCUGUCACAGAAGCAGUCGAGAUGGUACAUUGUUGAUUUCUUUUGCAUAGUUGCGUGUUUAGGCCUAGAACUAGUAUGUUUAAAUACGGAGUAUGUUGGUAUGAAAUGUAAACAUAGCCAUCAACAGGGCAUCUGCCCCAGUUGGUAAAUUCAACAAAUCCAUCAUGGCACUAGGCCAUCGAAUAAACGAAAUAGUAUUGUAUUGUC